AUGCUCACCAAUAUAACCGACCCUCUAACAGCGGCCGGCUCUAUUCUGCACAUCGUCACCACCGGUGUGCAGCUCGCGACGACGUUGCAAACAUACAUGGAACUGGCGCGCGAGGCCGAACACGAGCUACACGACAUUGUCUUUGACGUCAACGCCACGGCAGCCGCCCUCAAGCAGCUGCACACCAUCAUCGACCCCGACAGGGACUUGAGCGACCGCACUGUCGCCGUCUUCAAGGGCGAUGGCGUCCGCGAGAUUGAGAUGCUCGCGCGCAAAUGCCACGCCAUAUACAACAACGUGACUCUGCUCAUUCAGCGCGCAAGUCACUCAGACAGCGCCGAAGCUGGCCGAGACAGAAGCAGCAGCAGCGUCCCAGCGGCGGCGGUGGACGAGGCGGCGCUUGAUCCGACGACUCUGCGACCGCUGACGUUGAUGGGCAAGCUGCGGUGGCCGUGGCUGAGGCCGCGAAUUCUGCGCUGUCGCGAACAGCUCAACUGGCUCAAGAUGAGCCUCUUGUUCGCACUGCAGAUCGCCAGUAUCGCGCAGAUGAGUGGUAAGCGCCAUGCCGAGACGUCGUGUGAAGUAGAGUUGAGACAGCAGACGGCAAGACAGCUACAGAAACGCCGCAACUCAAUGCUACGUGGGUUUGCUGGGAUCGAUGCAGAUGGAGGUGCCCAGGAUGGACUGCAACGCCCUGUCACAUCGAGCUCAGGUGCUGAUGAAUCCGUCCUCGGUGCUGUAUUUUCAACAACCAAGGAAAGCAUCAAGGAGAAAAUCACAACUCCCAUUUCGAAUAUGGAUGGCCCGGGACAACGCUCCACGACAUAUUGCACACCGAUGGGGGCUGAAACUAGUUCUGCCGACGUGGAUACUCACACGACCACAUCCCGUUGCCUCAUGUCUGAACAAGGCCUCCCCGAGAUACGUGACGCAUCGGUACUACCAACAUUCCCAAACGGGAGGCUUGAUGCAUUUGCAAUUACUGCGGCUCCUACUACUUUCUUCGCCAAAGGAAGCGUCCCUGCGCCCGGAGAAGCCGUCGCUCAGAGCGGCAAUCUAUCACGCCACCCACCCGCGAAACCUACGGCAAACACUCGGAGCAGCGAACCGUCUGUCAUUGUUAAUCAGCUCCCAUCCUACUACCUCAAUCACUGGGCCGACCGCGUUUUUGGGCGGCAGAGCAAGUUCCGCAAUGACAAGCAAAGCUCAACUUUAGAGGCCUACAUUGCCGAAAACUUUGGUCGAGAUGUCCCAAUCAAAGUCCCAUUUGGACAUGAGCGUCUCAUGUUUGGGCUGGACAAGGUCUUGAAAGAUUGGCGCGGCGACCAGUGGUCCAACUACCUGGCCGCGAGUCCUCUGACGCGCCUCGCACUUGAUGCCAUAUCCGAGGCGGCGCAAAAGGCGAGCAGCCACGAAAAGACAUGCCUCGCGUUUAAAGAGUACAGCAGCACACAAGGUCUGCCGACGCCCUUUAUGCUCGUCUUUUUCUCUCUGGAAAAGGCCAAGGACCCCGUCAUUCUCUCUUUCAACGGGCGUCGAUACAGCGUUCCUUUUGCCGCCUGCCGGACGCUGCACAGCGUAGAGGAACGCAUCCGCGAAGUCUGCCGCAGCUCAUCUGCGUCCACAUUUUUGCCAACCUUUAUUGCCGAGAAGCGCUACGAAUUUGCGGACCGGAAUGACAAUAUUAUCCUGCCCUCGUUUCUCAUAGAGUCCAUCUAUCCUGGCAUGGAGCUUAGCUUGCUGCCGCGGCGCAUGUUUAUCGAGACGCCGUCCGAAGUCGACACUCGCCAGAUUUGUACCAUGACACGAGAGCCCCUGUUACAUAAAUCUACGAGCCGCCUGGAAAGACGAGGCCGGUCAGACACACUCGAGCACCGCGAACAAGUUGAGGCUGGCGAAAACGGCGAGCCUGUUGAUGCUUGUUUGAGCAUGGAUGUACCCAAGAGAGAAAAGUUUCCCUUUAGCGUCCGCCUGGGGAGUACCAUCAGGAGCCUAGGGCGUGUUCCACACGAGGCUGAGAAUCCAGCCACUUCUCAGUCGCAUGACCUCCUGCCCUCCCUACCUAUGAGUUACGCGCCGCCGCCACCACCGGGCCCAUCUCUGGCACCCGUUCCUGGUCCGAUGCCUGGAUUUCCGCCUGGUAUACUCGGGCCUGCUGAGACUGACAACCUCUACAACUCCCAUGAGGGCGACCGGACCUUUGCCAGCACUCCUGCCAUGCUCAUCCCCGGGCUCGAACCUCGCGACGAAGCUCCUCCCUGUCUUCCCCCACCCAUACAACCAGCCGGCGACGUGAGCGGGCCCGGGACCCAGAGUCGUCACCGCACGACGUCCAAGUACUCGGAUGUGUUAGGUGUUGACGACAGUGAGGCCCAAAGCCUUGAUGACGACUUGGAUCUGGAUGUUUUGGAUGUAGACGCAGAAAUCAUAAAGGGAAACAUGAGUAUAGACAAGUGGUUGGAACAGAUGACCAACGUUGGAUGCGCUGGCAAUGAAGCGAUUGCCACAGCGGAGCUACCUGGUUAG